ACACAGAUACGUCGGACUUGAAAGCUCGAAAAAGUGCGACGGUGUUGGCCAAAAUGCGCAGGUUUCAGUUGACUGGCCUUGUUGUUGCGGCGGUUUUGGUGGUGCUGUGGUUAGGGCAUGCGGCAAAGGAAGCCAGAGCCUCCGGUUCGGCUUCGGCCUUCGUACAGAACGUCAUCUACUCCCACAGGAUUGCCAUCUUCUCCAAAUCCUACUGCCCGUAUUGCUUGGGUGCCAAGCGCAUAUUCAGUGAACUACAUGAGCAACCUUUUGUUGUCGAGCUUGACCUCCGAGAUGAUGGGGUGAAAAUUCAGAAUGUCCUUCUGGAUCUGGUUGGCCGACGCACUGUUCCACAAGUUUUCGUGAAUGGGAAGCAUAUUGGUGGCUCUGAUGAUCUUAGGGCAGCAGUCCUGAAUGGUCAACUGCAGAAACUUCUUAGCCAAGAUGAUGAGACACCGGGGAUUAUGAGAAGCAUCUGAUAUGUUGCUGCUUUUGGGAUAGAAAGAUUCAUUGUGGCAGCUUGAACAAAAUAUUAUGGUGAGAUUGGAUCUGUUUUGGCUCAAUGAUUAAAGAAAAUCACGUUGUUCUAGUAUUGACUCUGCUCAAGCUUAUGGAAAAUCUAGUUUAAAGGCAAAGACCAUCUCUUACUAACAUUUGUAGUUUUGGACAUGUAAUCACUUGUUAAUUUGAUUUGGUAACAUUUUAGUGCGGGUUGAACUUUAGAGUUGUGAAUAUUAUAUAAGGGAAAUGCCUCGUUUAUUCA